UCCCCCAGAGCCUCCCAGAACACCUGAAGAUGUGUCUGGGUGGCUGCCUGAGCACCUCCCUCGCCCGCUCUGUCUGGUGCUGCAGCAAGUGCCAGCCUGUUGGUGCUCUGAGCAGGUUCCCUUGGGAGCUCUGCAUCUCCGGGAGCCAGGCUUUGUCCAGGGGGGAUCUCCAGGGGAAAACCAUCGGAUGUGAGUGCUCUGUCACUCAGAUUUCUCCUCUUCAUUGACCCUGCAGAGCCCUGUAAGGAACGUUCAUUGCAAAGGUACGACACGGACACGCUGAUGGCAGCGCUCCUGCUGCCCCUGCUCCUGGCUGCCCUCGGCCACUGCCACCAGGUGUCCUGGACAUACCAAGGAGAAGGAGAGCUGGACGAGGAGCACUGGGCUCAGCACUUCCCGGACUGUGCUGGCAGGCAGCAAUCCCCCAUCGACAUCCAGAGGAGGAAAGUGAGGUACAACCCCCUGCUGCAGCUGGGGCUCAGCGGGUACGACGGGCCCCUGCAGGGGCAGCUCACGAUGACCAACAACGGGCACUCGGUUCAGAUCGAUUUGCCGCCCACCAUGAAGAUCUCCAGGGGGCUGCCAGGUGUGUACACGGCUGUCCAGAUGCACCUGCACUGGGGUGGGCUGGAGCUGGAGACCAGCGGCUCGGAGCACACCAUUGAUGGCAUGCGCCACCUGGCCGAGCUGCACAUCGUCCACUACAACUCUGCCAACUACUCGAGCUUUGAAGAGGCCAAAGACAAGCCCCAGGGCCUGGCUGUGCUGGCCUUCCUGUACACGGAUGGGCACUUUGAGAACACCUACUACAGCGAAUUCAUUUCCAAACUGGCAAGGAUCAGGUUUGCAGGUCAGUCAACCACGCUCAGCUCUCUGGACGUCCAAGCCAUGCUGCCAGAAAACCUCUCCCACUUCUACAGGUACCAGGGCUCCCUGACCACCCCCCCGUGCUCUGAGAGCGUCAUCUGGACCAUCUUCCACUCCCCCAUUGUGCUCUCACACACACAGAUCCAGCUCCUGGAGAACUCCCUGCUGGACUGGCACAACCGCACUCUGCGCAACGACUACCGGCACGUGCAGCCGCUGCAGGGGCGCCUGGUGGAGGCCUCCUUCCGAGCCCAGGGCACCCCGGCACAGUGUCCUCCGGAGGAAUUCACCCUCAGGCUGGAUCAAAUCCAGGCGCAGCUGCAGGACAUGAGGACAGAGCUGCUGAAUGGACUGAGCCCCACAGAUGCGAAAUCCAGCACCUUUCCAGCUUUCUACUUCCCCGUGGAAAACAUUGAAAGCUUUGUGGAGGUUCACCCCCUGCGUGCUGUGUCCCUCCAAGCCUUCACCCUGUGCUUCUGGAGCAGGACCCAGCCUGUGGGCACCCAGACCGUCCUGUCCUACUCCACCGGGCACAGCGACCACGAGCUGGGGGUGACGGUGGGCUCCGAGCUGGGGCUGUGGAUAGGGGGGCACUUCCUGAGCUUCCCGCUGCAGCUGCAGGCGCAGGGGUGGCUGCACCACUGCGUCACCUGGGAGUCCCGCGAGGGCACGGCCAGGCUGUGGCUCAACGGGGCGGCGGGCACGGCCAGGAGCGUGCAGAGGGGCUUCGUGAGCCAGCCCGGGGGCUCCCUGCUGCUGGGCAAGCACAGGGACGCCCUGCUGGGCACCUUCUGGGACGGGUUUGGCGGGGGGCUGGCGCGGGUGAACCUGUGGAGCAGAGAGCUGGGCGCCGCCGAGGUGCGGGCGCUGGCGCGGUGCCGCGCAGGGCCACCCCCGGGGGAUGUCAUCGCCUGGGGACAGACCCCCAUGGCCCUGCUCGGGGGGGUGCUCCUGCAGCCCGACACCAGCUGCCACUGAGCUCGGCCUCGGCUCCGUCUGAAGGCAGCCAGGGAAUCCAGACUGUUGGGAAAUCUGGGAAAAGCUGAGAUUGUUUGCUUGUUUCCUGGUGCUCCAGGGUGUUUUUCUGAGAGACCAAAACCUCCAUCAGAUAAAAGCAAUGAACUGCACAAUCUGGCACAGUCCAGCAGCCUGGACUUUACAUCCCUCCCAGGGGGUUGAUUUAGACCCCAUACACAGAUUUUUUUUUUAUUUUUUUCAGGCCAAAGAGCUGCUCUCUGGUCAAAGGAGCUGCUUUCUCAAAUAAAAUUUCUCUCCCAUCCCUCACCCAGU